CCGCUUAGUGAGCUAACACAUCUCGAUGCGAAUGACUGCCUGGCAUUUGACUAAGUUGUUCCAGCUAUAAAGUCUACUAUUAAAUCUAUCCAGAUGUAUUUUCUGAAUGUUUUAAUGAUAAGCGCCGUUGUCUCCGGACUGCCUUAUGAUGCGUUCGAUCUCUGUUUGGACUAUUUUCUGUACAGAAAUGUUAAGCUAAUUUGCGUGUUGGACUGCGAGGUUAAUAUCGGGAUCACGAAGUUCACGAAAACGGCAAAUUCGCACCGUAUGCUGGUGACAGCGGCGGAUGUAGGUCAACUCAACUCCAGCCGCGUGGAGCAAUGUCUGGACCAGACGCUGUUCCCGGUUGGAGUGGUGCUGAGCGCCGGCUGUCCGGAGACUGAAAAUACUAUUUUAUUAGUUCGGUAUUUUCAGGCAUCACAAAAAAUGCUAUUCAAUGGAAAUCAUUUGUGGUUGAUUAUUGAAUCUAAUAAUGAAGUUGAUAAAAAUAACAUUACUAAAUCAAAUGACACAUUAUCGCCUAAUGUUGGGUAUCUUGAAACUCUCAAUAUAAGUGUGGACGCCGAUAUUACUGUCGCAUCAAAAAUUGUUUCAUCUGAAUAUAUUUUGUACGAAGUGUUUAAUUUCGGAAAGAUACAAGGAGGUGAUUUAAUUAUAAAUCGGGCUGGAUCGUGGAAUCUACAAUUACACAUGGAUGUUGAUAUAAACGGCUACAAAUAUUACAGAAGAUGGGAUUUCCAGCAGUGGCAAAUGAGAAUGAUAUUUGUUAUGUCACCGAUUCCGAAGAAACUCAACCCAAAAGUGCUGACGGAAAGGACACCAACCCCCGGACUCACCACCGUCACAAAGACCUCGGCCAUGUCCCUGCAUGUAAUCGCUGAGAUACAUAAUUUCAGAUUUAAAUACACAAUGGCUGAUAGAUGGAUCGGAACAUUCGAAACAAACAGCACUCGGGUGGUGGCCAACUCUCUUUACUUCAGAGAGCAGGAUGUAUCGCCGAUCCUACGACACCAACUAUAUCUAUACGGGAAGGUGGACUUCAUUAACCCUUCGCUCACUUACAUCGAGACAAAGUACUACUACAGAAUUCCAACAAAAGGUCCUGGAAAGUUCCAGAACCAGUUUCUGCGGCCUUUGAGUAAGGGAGUAUGGGCUUGCCUGGCGGCGGUGUCUGCUCUCUGCAUCGUACUACUGCUGAUGUCCAGCUUGCUUGAACGACGUCCCUCGAGCGCUCAGUACGCCGUGUUCUCCGUCAUAGCCUCAAUUUGUCAGCAAUUUUUCGAAGACGUCGACAUUGGAAAUUCUACGCGAUCAUCGGCAGCCCGCAAGCUGACGAUCCUGGUGACUGGUCUGUCGUGCGUCCUGGUCUACAAUUACUACACCAGCAGCGUGGUCAGCUGGCUACUGAACGGACCGCCGCCCUCCAUCACUUCGCUUCAGGAGCUGAUGGACAGCCCGCUCGAACUACUCUUCGAAGACGUGGGCUACACCAGGUCUUGGCUCCAGACGCCCAAUUACUAUUACAAUAGAAGGAACGCAAAGAUUGAGAGCGAACUGCGUGCAAAGAAGGUAUUUAAGAGAAGUUCCUCCUCUAAGCUGCUGGUCCCUUUGGAGGAAGGAAUCGCUAUGGUCAAAGCUGGGGGAUACGCGUACCACACGGAGCCGGGGAGGGCGAACGAGAUAAUAUCACGCAUGUUCACACAGCGCGAACUGUGCGAGUUGGGCACGCUGCAGUCCAUGGAGAAGACGAACCUUGUUCCCGGCGUCCAAACACAAAGCCCUUACAAAGAGUUUCUUGUUUGGAGCACGGCGCGACUGGUGGAGCGCGGCGUGGUGUCGUGCGUGCAGCGGCGCGCGGCCUCCCCCUCCGUGCAGUGCGACGGCAGCUCGCCCCGGGCCCUGGCGCUGGGUGGCGCAGCACCCGCCUUCAUACUCCUCGCCUCUGGGUAUGGACUGGCUACCCUCAUCAUGUUUGUAGAGAGGCUUAUUUACUCACGAUUGCAAAAUCAAAUUAAUGUUACGCGUUGUGAACUGUUUAGAUUUAAAUAAAUUAAUUAAAUAAAUAUAUUGAAUA